AUGGCACCCGAUUGGAAGAUCACUGUAUUUGAAGCAAAUGAUAAAACUGGCGGUUACAUUCGUUCACAACCCACUAAAGUUGCGGAUUCUUCUUCAACUGUCUUCGAAAAAGGUCCUAGAACUUUGAGAGGUGUGAGUGAGGGUACCUUAAUCCUUCUGGACCUCGUUGCGAAGUUUGGAAAACAGCAAAGCAUUUUGGGUGUUCAUAAAGAAGCAGCUGCAAAUAAGAAAUACUUGUUGAGUCCAUCAAAAGCGAGACAGCUUGUUCAAGUUCCCGACGAUUUUACCUCUUUACGCAAGUUCCUUACCAAUUCAAUUGGCAGGUCUAUUCCCAUGGCUUUAGGUAAGGAAUUCUUCACUUUACGUCGUGGUCAUGGCGAGGAGACCGUGGAACAAUUUUUCAAUCGACAUUACGGCAAAGGUUUGUCUGAUAAUUUAAUCAGCGCUAUUUUUCACGGAGUAUAUGCUGCAGAUGCGGGAAAGUUGAGUAUCAAUGCUGUGAUGCCUAGCAUGGUGAAGCUAGAGUCCAAGAGUGCUUCAAUUGGAAGAUACACUGUUUGGAAGGCUUUGUUUAAUAGUAAGAAAUCGCAAGAGUCUGCUCCCCCUAUUAAACUUAGUGCCAAUUUGAGGAAGUAUCAGGAUUUGUUUUCUCCAAAGUUAAAUUUGUUGAACAUGUCUGAGUUUUUGAAAAGCUUUCCCAUGACUUUGCUCCAGGGUGGUCUAGAAACACUACCACAAUGCAUUGCCAAUAAUCUUCCCAAGAAUGUUGAGGUGGUUUACAAUUCAAAAAUCUCCUCAAUUAAGCCUCUGGCUUCGGGUCAGGUUGCUUUAACGUUUGAGGAUGGAAAUACUGAGAGGUUCGAUCAUCUAAGAUCAACGAUAAAUACCAGGGCUCUUUCUUCUUUGAUAGAUAGCAAACCAAUGAAGGAUGUAUUUUCUCAAGUGAACUACUCUUCAGUUUCAUUGGCCAACGUCUAUAUCCCUAAAAAGAACAUAUUACCUGUGAGCGGCUUUGGUUUCCUAGUUCCAAAGGCUUCCACAGACAAAGCUAAAUUGUUAGGGGUUAUCUUUGACUCAGAUGUUGAACAUAGUGCCCGUCCUCUUUUCAGUCUCGAGUCUGUACGCAAGGAAUUGACUUCUAAAACCGUUUCUACACCCGAUAAGCUCAAGCAACUUGCCGAGGAUGUGUUCCACUCCCAGCCGUUGAACACUAGGCCUUACACUAAGGUUACCUUUAUGUUAGGGGGACACAUGUAUGAUGGCAUUAAGACGUUUCCAAAAGAACACGAGAUCAAAAAAAUUGUUGAAGAUACUUUUGGUUCGAUUCUUCACACUCCAUUAUCUGACUAUCAACUCGAAGUAGGUCUCAUUGAAAAUGCAAUCCCUCAAUAUAACGUGGGCUACUUAGAUUUGAAAGCACAGGCAUGGAAAUUGGCCGAUUCCGAGUUCCAUGGAGCACUUUCCUUUGGAGGGAUGACUUUUGCAGAUGGCGUUGGUGUUCCGGACUGCGUGAUGAGCUCCUUUAAGGAUGCAGUCAAACUAGCCCAUCUCUAG